UGCCAAGCUAAACGCGUGCGGUGCAACAAGUCUGCUUUGUAAUUGAAAACGGGAUUACACCCCAUCGAAAUGGACCACAGAACUCGCGUUGUGGAGGUGGUGCAAGUGCCACCCCAGCCCUCGACCACGGUGAUCGUUCAACCUCCGCCGCCACCGCCUCCUCCCAAGGACAACAGCUGUUGUUGUUGUCCUUGCUGUCCCUGUUGCUGUCAGUGUGGCGAAUGCUGUUGCUGCUGCACCAUCAUGUGAAAAGGGGCAGGACCUCAGAUGCCCUAAUUCGUUACGUUAAAUUAACUUUCUAUGCCUAUGGCGGUCACAAACAAAUCACACAGUUUUUUCGUGCAAUAAAAUUUUACGAUUCGUUAUAAAUAACGCUGUGUACGACUUCACACUCUCGUUUCCAUCUUUUGUUGUUUUUUGGCGGAGGCAACACGCUUGGUAACAUAUUGUCUUACAUAAAUCCCAAUGCCAAAGUACCACGAUAUAAUAAAAUGCCAAAUUUAAUAACAUGCCACAAAAA